CCUUCCCUUGGCGCUCGCCACUCUCCGCUCUUGCCUCUGCCUCGGUUUCCCUCUCUCCCCUGGCUUUCUCGCUCAGCUGUCUCUGCUCUGUUGGACUGUUUAUGUCGCCCUUACCUCCCCCCUGCGCUUUGGAGCAAGAGAGAAAGAGCGAAGAGCAGUUUCUGUCUCCCUGGGGUCGGACUGUUGUCCCCGCGCUCGGUUCUCCGUCCCCUCCCCCCCCAUCGCCAUUGUUCCCCGGUCCGAGGAGUGCGCUGCACAAACUUGCGAGCGCCCGAGCGCCCCUCCUUCUGUCUUCGCCCCCGCAGGGCCGCUGAUCGCGGUGGCGGAGUUCCCGCUGGCCGGACCUACAGGUUCGGCGGGCCGUGGGGGCGCCCAACAGCCCGGAGCUCCCCGCCUGGGGUCCCCAGCUCUCCCGCCCGGGUCUCAGAAAGUGGGUGGUGUGCCGAUUGAAGGGGAGGACCAGCAGCCAGCUCAUCUCUGUGUCUCCCACACCGGUGCCUGGCACACACUCCAGGACAAGAUGGCGGCCAAGCAGCCCCCGCCUCUCAUGAAGAAGCACAGCCAGACGGACCUCGUGAGCCGCUUGAAGACCCGCAAGAUCCUUGGCGUGGGCGGGGAGGAUGAUGACGGCGAGGUGCACCGCUCCAAGAUCAGCCAGGUCCUGGGUAAUGAAAUCAAGUUUGCUGUUCGGGAGCCUCUGGGGCUGAGGGUCUGGCAGUUUGCUUCUGCUGUACUCUUCUCCGGCAUCGCCAUCAUGGCCCUAGCCUUCCCUGACCAGCUCUACGAUGCGGUCUUUGAUGGAGUCCAGGUGACCAGCAAGACCCCCAUCCGCCUCUAUGGAGGUGCCCUCCUCAGCAUCUCCCUGAUCAUAGUCAGCUGCUUGCUGACAAGUCCUGGCCAUGCAGGGUGCCCGCUGCCACCUCGGGGAGUCCAAUCUGUGGACAGCGCCCUGCAGGCCGUGGCCAUGGCCUCCAUGGGGGCCCAGGCCUUUUAA